UUUAUCUUUCUUGUUUAAUGACUUUUAUCUGUGUAUUGUAGGACGCUUUUGAAUUCUAAAAAAAGCAUCUCGUGUUCAUGGCUGAACCGAAUCCAGCAAAUACAGACGGCGCCAAUGGCACCGCUGCUUUGAAUAAAGAUUUUAAUGACGAUUCAAUACCUCAGGAGCUCCUUAAGACAGACGAUUACGUUUCGAUAUACUUACGUUGCCGAUAUGACCGACGUGGUCAUAUCGAGAACGGACAACUAGACGAUUUUGAAGCGAGUCUUCCAGAUGAUUUCAGAAAAGGAUUGCCAGGAGACUAUAAGAAGAAGAUCAAACAUGAAUUAGAUCGCAUUGCUGAAUUGCGAGCAAUAUUUUCUGGAAGAGAGAGAAAUCUUUCUGACAUUACAAAGUUGAACAAGUUCAAGGUAGCCUGGAAAAAUAACGCUAUCGACUCUUCUCAGGAAAACUCGAAAAACAAUGCACGCGAGCUAAAUGAACUGAAGAAGCAACAGGAAGGAUUGAGCCGAAAAUUCGAGGCUCCCCAAAAUGAAUCAACGACGGCUACGCAGGUCGGAAAAGACCUAGCGGAAAAUGAUCGAAAGAUACUUGCAGCGGAAAAUAAAGAUAGGAUCCUAAAAGAGGUGGCAAAGUGGAAUCAUCCUUGUGUUUCGAUUGCCGAAGCAGAAAAACUUGUUUCAGAUGACUCUGGAUAUGGGUUUAACGUUUCAAAAAUUACCUUAGAGAAGGGGAAAUUGAACGAUGCGGACAAGACGGCAUCUUUUGACCAGUAUCAAAUAAAAAAGUAUUCUGUUUCGGAGGUACUAGAUUUUGUUGGUGGACAAGAUCCAUGGGCAAGAGAAAAUACUGAAAGUAUUCGCUACUUUCAUUUCCCUGCUAAUAACAUGAAAUGGAUUGAAAAAGCAAUACAAAGACACUACAAAGAGAGCGAAGACCAUCGACCUCAGACAUCAAAAAUUCUUUCUAGGGAACUGUGGACAGGGCAGCAGCAUGGAGCUCUAGAUGAUCCGCUUCAUGCUCGGCACAUGCGGUCGCACUGCAAACAUAUUCCUCAAGAUCCGGAGGUAGAUGCCAUUCUUGCUGAAAAUCACCAUGAUUCUCCGAAAAGAAGAAAUAAUAAUAUAGUCCUUGUCAUGCCUUAUCUUCACUGGGAGAUGGAUCGAAAGAGAGCUCACAUGGCUAAAAUUGCGAAAGAACUCACAUCUAAGUAUCAAGCAAAACAGCCUCGUCACCACAUCCUUAACAAAAGUAUACUUGCAGAGAUCGUCGAAAGUAAUAGGAAGAAAUAUGGCUUCCUACAACAGCUCGAGGUCAAGGAGCGUGCGGGCUUGGAUGUUCCUGCUCCUUCUGGUGAAUCAAAGCAGAUGACUGGGCUCAGCCGUUUCCUUCGAACCAGUUCUAAAACUGGUUUGAAUCAAAACUUUUCGGGAAAGAUCACAAAUCCCUGUGGUUGUUAUUUGAUGCAAGCUGCGAAAGUCUACGAGGCAAUGGAUCUUGAACCGGAUAUCAAAUUAUUACGCAGCCAUUUGCAUGAAACACCGCCUUUUCAUCCACGUCGUACGCUUGAUCAGUCCUACUACUUCAAGCUUGAAAAUACUGAUUCUCGGGACAAGGAUCAGGUUGUUUCUCGUGGUACAAAUGAGCGGAGGAAAACUAACGGGGGCACCCGUGUAGUGAUGGUCGAUCAGCUAUGGAUGUAUAUUCUUGACGAACGUGGGUUGCCUUUUGGAGAGAGCACUCAUUUCUUUUCACAGGGUCACAUUAUUGACACGCACAUAGAUACCAUCAUUACUAGCUUCCCAAGAAGGCUGGGUCGUAACAAACCUGACUCCUCUGGUGUGCAUAAAUGUAUCAGAGACCGACUCGAAAAUAUACGUCCAGGCCAGAUCAAUUCAGUUUAUGAUUUGGCUCUUUUGAUUAUAAAUGAGUGUUCAAUGGUGUUUUUUGAUCGCACAAAGCCUACUGGUAAACGCCCCGAGGUUUUGGAUAUAUUUUCCAAUGCGAUUGGUUAUGUUUCCGAAAUGAAAACGAACGCGUUCGAGCUAUUCUGGCGUCAUCUUGAGAAACUGAGUGGCCAGAAACUGAAGACCAGCCCAGAAAGGGCACGAAUGUAUCUCAAUAUUAAUCCCGAAGGGGUUUUGCUACGAGAGGCCCACGAUAUCAUCGAAGAAUUGAAAAUGAUGUCGCAUAUUAAUUUGCAACAGUUACAAAUUACGCAAGUCUUCUCAAAAGCCCUACAGACAAUUAAUGGACAGGUGGAGCCAAUGCAAGAAAUAACUGGCCUCUUGAAUCUUACGUUAAAAGAACUGCAAAAGAAGAAUUCCUCGGAUUCAAAUGGCUUAACCAACGACUCACCGGCUAAGGAUACUCCCACAAAGUUCAGCAAAGGCAUUCUAAAACAUACCAUUGAUCAAUCCUUAGAUCUGGUUGACACUAUAUCUAAUCAUCACAGCGAAUUGCAACAGCUCGAGGAAAGUGCCCGUGAAAUUGCCGAACAAUUACGAGACCUACUCACACUAAAACAACAACAAGCUAGUAUCAUAGAAGCCACCGCUUCACUGGACCGCGCGGAUGAAAGUGUGCAUCAAGGUCGAUCUAUCAUGAUAUUCACCAUUAUCACCAUUAUUUUCCUUCCGUUACCUUUCAUGAGCAGUAUAUUCGGUAUGAAUGCGGUGGAGUUUACUGGAUCGUCAAACUCCGUUAUGGGCAUUAGAGAACAGUUCGAGUUCAUGUUUCCGAUAUCAAUCGCGCUGACUUUGUUCUUCCUUUGUAUGGCACUCAAACCACCGAGGCCAACACUUACGAUAUUUCCCUUCUUUUUAUUCUUUCCUAUUGUUUUGUUCAAGGCGGCAUGGUAUGGAUAUAGAGGAAAGCCGGAAAAAUGGCAGCGGCUCUCUUGUUACUUGCUUGUCGGUUCAGCCAAGGAAAAGAUGGGAGAAAGGUACAGGGACAUGGCUACAAAUGUGUAUCGGUGGUGUGCUGCGUCAAACGCCAAAGACACGAUUGAACCACAACCCAAGAAUUCAGGUAACAAGGAGCAAGCAGCCCCAAAUGAUGAAUCGUGUGAGGUAUUCUACCUUGGCGGGGACAAAUUCAAGGAUUCUGCUUCUAUGAUUGAAGGAGACGUUGUUUGAUCUCGGGGUUCUAUAUUUAUACCACUGUAAAGAUACUUUGAGAGUGUAGGGAUCGAGGUGUGGCUCGUCUUAUUAUGUAUGCUAUUUAUCUGGGAUCUGGUUUAAGCGCAGAUGAUUUUGUUGGAUUAACGCUCGAGUAAUUGAAUUGAAUU